GCAGAAGGCUACGCUGACGGCGACACGACCCUCUACCACCGCUUCACCCUGAUGGACUUCCUCAAGGCUCCCAACCCCGUGGACUUCCUCUCCAAGGCCAACGAGAUCACGCUGGGGGACAGUGAGCUGGAGAAUCACAGUUCCACCACGGAGGAGCUGCGUCAGUGCUGCAAGGACAUCCGUGUGCUGGGCCGCAAAGAGCUCAGCCUGAGCUCUGGUGAAGAGGAGGAGGGCAAAGAGGAAGAGAAGGAGAAGAAGACGUCUCCGAGAGCUGCAGCUGAUGAGGUGGUGAAAGAGGAAGAGGAGGAAGUAGAGCUGGCGUUGGCAGAGAUGAAGGCCAAGGAGCUGGCGGACCUGAGCUCUGGUGAAGAGGAGGAGGGCAAAGAGGAAGAGAAGGAGAAGAAGACGUCUCCGAGAGCUGCAGCUGAUGAGGUGGUGAAAGAGGAAGAGGAGGAAGUAGAGCUGGCGUUGGCAGAGAUGAAGGCCAAGGAGCUGGCGGAGUUAAAGAGAAAGAAGAAGAAGAUCCUGAAGGAUCAGCGGAAGCAGCGUGAGCGUGUGGAGCUGAAGAUGGACCUCCCUGGCGUCUCCAUCGCCGAUGACGGUGACACCAGCAUGUUCUCCCUCCGGACUAUCCAGAGGACCCCGUUGCUCAACGAGGUGACGCGGGGGGACAUGGCAUCGGCAGACGCCCUCCUGGAGAUCGGGCCUGGCGACGAUGACAUUUACGUCUCGGAUCACGAAGAAGAGGACGACGUGUCCCUGGCCAGCGAGCUGGACCCCGAGGAGCUGGUGGAGAUAGAGGCCCGUCAGCGCCGGCUGGAGCGGGAAAGGCGAGAGCAGAGCGCCAAGAGGGUGAAGUUUAAGCAGAAGGAAGAGGAGGAGAAAGGGGAGGAAGAGGAGAAUCCCCUGCUGGUGCCCCUGGAGGACAAGACGGUGCUGGAGGAACGGCAGACCAGCCUGUGGUUUGGGAAGGACGCCUUCGCCGGCAUCGAGGACGAUGCGGAUGAGGACCUGGAGCUGGGGCAGUCGCAGAUGUUGGCUGAAAGACGGUGCGAGUCUCAGAGAGACAAAGCAACGAAGAAAGGGCAGAAGAAGAAGGUACCCCAGGAGGAAGCUCCAGCUGAGCCCCCGCCCGCCGCAGACCCGGGACCCGACGCCGGUAACGCGCCGGGUGAGCAGAGCAGCGAUGAUGACAGCAGCAGCGACGAGGAGAGGCCACCGACGCCGCUGGGGAGGAAGCGGGGCCGCGUGGAGCCGUGUGGCUUUGAGGUGGUGCCCAUUGAGAACCCAGGGAAAAGAGCCCGUGUCUUGGACGCAGAGGGCCUGGCGCUCGGCUCCGUCAUCGCCACCUCCAAAAAGGCCAGGCGGGACCUGAUUGACGACUCCUUCAACAG